AUGGCGACAUGUAAGUCAGUCGCCGCGGGCAGCAUCCGAGUGAGCUCUGGACUCUUCUCCACCGCCGCCGCCAAGCUCUCUCAUCGGCGUCGUCAAUACGGCACCAGUUGGUGUGACGGCGCCGAUGAGAGCGGCGUCUACGACCUGUGCGCGGUCGAGGAUGAGGAAGAGGAUGAGAAUGAGGGAUGGUGGGAAGACUCCUCUGCUAUUGAGGACGAGGACGAGGACGAAUACGACAUGGUGCAGUAUUUCGUACCUGAGGAACGCAAGCAACAGAAACUUGUCGUUCCUAGCAUAAUGCUCACCACUACUGAGGGCAACAUCUUCUUCGGCAAUGCCAUCCCAGAGGGAACAUGGUGCACCGAGUCCCGCGAGUCCUUGGAUCUGCGCACAAAACACAUCAACAACGCAGAAAGGUUCCUCUGCCCGGGUGACUGGAGACAGCUCCGCAACGCCUUCCGCCUGUGGCAACAGCAGGAGUAUGACCAGCAGCUGGAGCAAGAGCGGCAGCAGGAAGAAAAAGCAGAGGCCGCGUUGCGCGAGCACCAACAGCUUUACGCUCCCUUGAUCUUCCUCACAACCCCCGAGGGCGACAUCCUCACGGGCGACGAUAUCCCAGAGGGCCAGAGGGCUGAUAAGUCCCGCGAGGCCCGUCGUAUGAAACAGCAAUACGCCGCCAACGCAGAGACGCAACUCUGCCCGGGCAAUUGGAAUAAGAUCCGCGACGCCAACCGUCCCGAGGAGCCAGAAGACCCGGUUCUACACAUCAACCAGCGCGAGGACGCCACAAAUCCCAAGGGCAGUCGCAGCUGGCAGAAGCGUCUCGCGCGCAUCAACCAGCGCAGUCAGAGACGGCGAGCGAGACAGCAGAAGCUCGAGGAGGCGGAGCGGCUCUGGCGGCUGCAGAAGGUGGAGGUGGAGGAGUUCAAGGCCGAGCGGAGGGCCAAGGUCGAGGCGCUCGAGAGGAUUGGCGCGGCGGGGGAUUUCCCUGCGUGGAGUCGGAAGAUGGACCGGGAGCAAGGGGAGGCGGAGGAGAGGCUUAGGUUGCUGAGGAGUGAGUUUGAGAAGAUAUUUGAGGGGGAUUGCGGGAACCAGCAGAGUGAGGUUGAGGAGUGA